UUGAUUCUUUUGUUGAUUGGCGACUCUCUGACCCACCUGUCCAUACUGACAAUCCAAUAAUGGCUCAGCUAACUUCAGUUCAGUGGCGAAACUUGUUAGAUGCAGCCAGUGAUGUUGAGAAACCUUAUCUGCAAGCACUUUUAGGAAGUGCAAUCAAGAGAGAACAGGAGACGGAGAAGGAGAGGAAGGAGACCUUGCUGAAAAGGCAAGUGGCCCUCCUAGAGAUUGUCCCCUCACCGACUGAAGAGCAGUGUGGGGAACAGUUGCAGUCCAUCCUUACAGCCUUUGUUCAAGUCAGGAAUCUUGAGGACCAUACCACUCAGAUCGCUGAAGUCGUUGCAAAGAUGCAAACACUUCAAGAUGAUCUGGCUGAUAUGACCCGCAAGUACCAUGAAUUGACAAAGGAGGUGGCUGACCUGCGACAAGCCCAAGUGGCCAACCCUCUCCCUCUACCCCCUGGAUCUGAAGCUGCAAUCGAAACUACCUCUGCCCCUCUCACCAUAUCUUCUUCUACCUCCUCCUCGAGUGUGAUGGCAACCCCCUCGAGACCUGCAGCAGGCGCAGAUUCCACUGUUGCUGUAACAAGCAAUGAGGCUGUAACUUCUGCAACUGAUGCAACCCCAAGACCAGAGCCAGCUGCUGCUGGUCCCAACCACGCUGAUUCCUGUGUGGACCGAAAAGCGGUACAGAUACCGUCUAAGUACGACGACAAGGAAGACAUCGAGUUCUGGAUCGGCUCCAUGAGGGCCUACUUUGAGAUUUUGUGGACUCAAACUGAGACCCAGACGGUGAUCAUGGGAAUAAAUGUCGAGCCGGUUGUACGGGGCUUCUUGGAAGUCCAAGCGACGCGGGCUUGGUUCCAAAAGACGACACUAGCCAAAUGGCUUAGGACCACCCCGGUUGCCUCCCUCGAGGAUCUCCUUAUCACACAAUAUCAGGAUCUACAUGCUGCUGCUAGAGCCAGAAUCCAACUUGACAAAGUCAAGCGCAGCAAGUGGAAUAUAUCCAUGAAAAGCCUGCAGACCUAUCUAAGCAAGAUGUUUGCUACUCCUGGUUUGGAAUUGUCUGCUCAAUCUUGCUUAGAUGUGGUUAAGGGCGCGGUUCCAACUAAUUUCACUAAUCGCCUGUGCAGGGACUACAUUGCAUACAUUGAUUGACUCACCUUAAUGAAGGACAUCGUCAGUU